CCGCCCUCCUCCAGUCGCCCUGCGACGGCCUUGCGCAAACCCUUGGGCUCGCCAGGAAAAGCUCAGGCCCGGCGACGUGCUGAUGGAGGUGGCUGGCCAGGUCUGCACCGACUUCGCCUCCCUGGAGUCGUGGCUGGACUCCCACGUGGGCUCCGACGUGGCCGUGCGGCUGUCGCGUGCGGGGAAGAUGGUGGACGCCUCCCUGGCGGUGGCGGACCUCCACGCCCUCAUCCCGUAUGACUUCGUCGAGUGCGCCGGCGGGGUGUUCCACCAGCGCUCCUACCACACCUGCAAGCGAUACCACAUCCCCAUAAGCGACCAAGGCAUUUUCGUCGUGCAGAGCGGCUUCGGGUUCGGGCUGGAGCUGCCGUACCACGCCGUGAUCGUGGCCGUCGCGGGGCAGCAGGUGAGUUCGCUCGCGGACUUCGAAUCCGCGCUCGCGAUCGUGGCCGACAACGAGACGUUCGAGGGCAUGCCCAAUUUCUCGCCGGGCAACUUCGUGGCCUCAAGGCAGCGCGACUUUGUGGUGUUCAUGGUCGCCAGGGAGCCAGAGGACUCGCUGGAUGUCGAGGCGGAUCCAGCCGUGGGCUACGAGAACGCACCUGGAAGAGGGGGCAGCGGCGAUGCCGACCAGGCGCAGCUCAGGGACCAGGUCUUGCCCAGGCGUACUUACAUGAAGACGUACCUCUCCGACCACAGCGUGGCCAUGACAGCGAACGACGACGCCAAGCACUGGACCAUCUACGGCUCCGCGAUCCCACCUGAGACUGAGGGCGACGAGGAUUUUCUCGCUGGCGGCCGCGACGGGCCACUCGUCAGCGCAGGGCGGCCCGCCGAGGCCGCUGGUGGCAGACCAGUUCUGGACAGCCUGCUCUCUGCGAGUGCUGCGUCUGCCUACGCGCCCCAGUGCGGCAUUUCCGCGUCGAAAUGGCACGAGACGUGCGACGCCGCCGCCCACGCGACAUUCCAGGUGUUGCGGGACACGUUCGAGCAGUUCGCCAAAUCCCUCAUUGGAGUCUGCAGGGCGAACGUCGAUGGCUCUGGAGUUGCAACGCCAAUGAAUGCCCUGCUGCAGUUGCGUUUUCUGUCAUGCGACGGGACGAAGCAGAUGGUGAGAGUAUUGGGCAAAUUUCCUGUGCCAGACCGAUGCGGGCGGUCUUUGGCGGAGGGGUUGUGGAAUGGCAAUUUGAGGCGGUCAGGCCGCGACGAACACUUGUGUCGGGGCUGCUGCAAGUCCCGACACCAGACGCUGUACUUGAUGCAGACUUGCGGCCUUCGAGCUCUCACGAAGCACGUGGGCCACGUCAUUGACAGGCAGAACUGGGCUGGGGCGGACCUCUGCUUGGGAGGGCUCGGCGCGGCGUCGUUCGUCCAUAACCUACUGCCGUCUGCAUUCGUGGCUGUGUUCGGCGGCAUGUACCAGGAUACCCCUGACGGAGGUGUUGCCGGCGACGGCCAGGGCGGCGAUAUCGGCAUGGUCGACGGCGACGCCGACGCAGAGAAGGUCAUCCCAGUCAGCGUUUGGAGAGAGGGCAACAAAGUUAAGAUUCCUCGCACCAUAUAUUGGAUUGUUAGCUGUGAGUUCCACGACGGACUAUAUAUUUUCACGCGUGCUCACGGACCGUGCAGCGAGAUGCUUCUGCGAGAGUUGGAGCGAAGCGGAGUCGAGUGGGAGUUGAAGCAGCAACGACGUCUUCUCGUGGACGGGGAGCGCACGUAUCCUUUGUGGGAGGCUGCUGACCGCCGUGAUGUCAAGCAGUUUCGGGAGCAGCUUGGAUCGAUGCUUUUCGACGACGCUUGGCCCGCCCUGGCGCGGCCCACUGAGAGUCAACAGCUGGUGCUCUUCGUGUUGUGUUCCCGCCUUUCAGCGAGCGCAUGCGAGUUGGUGGAAGUCAGACACAGCAAGACGCCGUACCUCACGCGCUGUUCCUUGCGGGACCUCGAGGCCCUCCGCGCUCUGGAGCGCAGCCCUAGGUGCACCCUCGACGCGCGCGCCGAAGAUUUCAUGGCUUCUUAUUCAGAUAGGGGCGGCGCCGACGGCAGGAUGGCGAAGGUCGAGCUUUCUGGAGCGUUGCCCUUGAUGCAGACCAACUCGGCCGCCAUCGAGCGCACGCGCAGCGAGAGCCAGUUUCGAGGCGCUCGGGGCCGAGCUCUCGGCCGCUUCCACAGCUUCACGGAGCAGCAGCGCGAGCCGUACAAGGACCCGGCGGCAGUCGCCACCCAGGCUGCGCUCAAGGCUGCGCUCGAGAGGGAGCGCGACGCGGCCAGGGCUGCGGCGGCGCACCUCCACCAACGGUCGGAUGCUGAUUCGCCAGGGCUCGGGCAGGAGUGGGACCUGGUGGCGGGUGAUUUGGCCGCCUCCCCCGCUGCUGGCUUGUCGAUGAUGCAGUCCAUGGUCCCUUCUUUGCAGUGCACGAGGGCAACGUCGUCCCUUGUCUCGGAGGUCCUGCGAGCUCUGGACGUCAUCACGAGGCACAUCUUGGGGGAUAAGACCUUCAGCCAGAAGCUUGAGGAUGGCGUGUUCGUGCUCAGGCUGACGUGCGUCGGCGUCCCCAUGCACGAGCCGCCGCCGCAGUCGGUCGCCGAUCCUAGCUCUGCAAUCGUUGCGGAUGGCCAGGCGCCAGGGGCUGAGUGGCUGCUCCACGUCGCCUUCCAGUGCGCCAGGCCGUGGAGGCCGACCUUCUCCCGCGCGCGCUGGGAGCCGUUGGAGGACCGCGCUGGCAUCUUGGGCGUCGCUCCCGAGCGCGACGAUGCAGGCGGGGCUGGCCUUUUGCUCCACGACCCGACCGUUUUCGAGGUCGCUCGCAAGUGCUUCGAUGCAGCGUGGACUAAGCGGCCAAUCCAUGUUCAGGUGCACGAGUUGGUUGCGGACGGCCGCAGGGCGCAGGAGAAGGAAGAUCUGGUGAAGGGCUCGAAGUGCGGGCCUGGCCCGAAGCCGAAGGCGUCGCCCGUCCCCGCCUUAGAGCGCGACAGCGGCGGCAGCACCGACGAGAUGGGCGAGCUUGGGGGCAUGCCCGCAGUUGAGGACGACGAUCAUGCUGAUGUCGCGCGUGGUGGGGAGCCUGAGCCCGCCUCCGAUGAUUCAUUUGACCUGUUUGGUUGGAGCGAUGGUGAUGACAUGAGCGGGGUGUGCGGCAUCCCAGUCGGCGGCGAGCUCGGCAGCGGCGAUCCUGGCAUUCCGCCGCCUCCUGGUGAUGAUGGCGGGCUGUUCGAGGCCCCAGCGAUGCCUCUGAGCCCGAGGACCUGGGCGCUCUGCGCAGGCCCCAGCGAUGCCUCUGAGCCCGAGGCCCUGAGCUCAGCGACUGAGAGCAGACCGUGGCCCAGCGACCUCUUGUCCUUCGAGAAGUGCACCCCGACCGCGCAGAGUGCCCCGAUCAGAGCGGCGCCAGCUCCAGCCGCCCCAGUGGCGCCGCAGGGUGGCCAUGGCGAGUGCGGCGCCGCCGACGUCGCCGAUGGCGCGCAGGAUUACGGCGGCGGCGGAGAGGCGGCUGCGCAGGCCCGUGGCGCAUUCGGCGGCGCCAUGGAUGUCGGCGGUCGCGGACAGGCGCCCGAGGGCGCCGCGGUCGGCUUCGAGCAGAUGGUGCGGAGCGGCACCCUCGAGCCCUUCGAGCGGGGCGGUAUCAUCUUCUAUUUUCCCAGCUCCAUGCCGGGGCCGCAGCAGCAGCUCGUCGCCCAGCCAGCUCCACUACUAGUGCAGCCCGCCAACCUGAGGGCGCCCGUCACACCGCCAUUGGCAUUCCCAUGUCCAGGGGCUCCUCGGCCCGCAAUGGGCGCCAGGUGCCACCCAACGUUCAGGGGCAACGUGGCCCGGGGUUCCCGAACGCGCAGCCCCUGUGUCAGCGCCCCAGGCUGCCCGCUCAACGCUGGCCAGACCACGUUCGGCACGUUCCAGCCAGAUGCGCGCGGCGGCUACAGCGUGAUGGCGCAGUCGGCUCGCGACCCCAUCUGCGCGGGGAUGACCGCGGUCUUCGGUGGCAGCUCGUUCGCGGCGACACCGAUUGUAGGCUCGGUGCGCGGUGGCCAGCAGCAAUCGCUGCCCUCGCAGCGCCACCGCGGCGGCUUGCCUGUGCCCAGGGCGCCAGGCUUGCAGGCGCCGCCUCAGGCGCCUCCCGAUCACCUUUUGAUGACGGGCCCUCUGGUGUCGAAGGCUCUAUCAUCUUUGGUCUCGCGUGCUCCGCCCGUGCCCGUGAUGCAGCCGCCGCCUGCCCAGGCGAAGUGUGCGAUUUUGGCGGGGCCGCCGAGCUUUGCGCGCCCGCCUAGUGGCCCUAGCGGCCACCAGCCAUACUAG